AUGACGGACUGGAUCGACCCCAAGGAGUUCAAGCGCUUGUGGAGCUCUCUCAUCAAGGCGGGGUGGCGUGCGAGACCCCCUGCAGGUCUCAGCUCAGAUCAUACCCACGUGAAGCCGGGUGUUAAAGGCAAGCUGUGCAAGGACACAGUCAACAUUGAGUACUUCGUUGGCACAAACGCCCUAUGGGAAUACGCAAAGCAGGAAGGUUUGAUCCCUCCGCCUCCACCUCCGCCCCAUCGAAGUGGUUCAAUUCGUGCGAAGAAGUCUCCGAUCGGGAAAUUAGCGGCUUAUGCUGUCGUCCAACGGCGCCAGCCUGAGCCUCCAGCUCCUGAACAAGGUGCUCGCGUCCAUACCGCUAGUGUGGCUGCUACAGAACAAGGUACUCGCGUCAACACCGCUAGUGUGGCUGCUACAGAACAAGGUAUGCCAGUGAAUGCUGCUAGUCCGGCUGCUACAGAACAAGAUGCUGGUGUUGGUGCUGCAUUGCGUCAACGUACCACUGUGGAUCGAAACACUGGUGAUGGUGAAGCCAACGCUGAGGAGGAAAUGAAGACUGAAGACGAGCCGACUCUAGAUGCAUUUGAUCGAGAUGACUUCAUGGAAGCCUUUCGUGCAGAGAAUCUGUUUGGCCCCGUUGAUAUCGACGAUGUCAAUAUUAGUGACGAGUCGUUCCCGUGCAGUGUCGAGUCCGAUGAGGAGUCUGCUUUUGACGAGCAGGAGAGUGAUGAAGAGGAAUACGUGGAUGAAGUCGAGUCAGACCCAGAAUUUGAGGACACAAGCCAGGGCUUUCGACAAGAUGACAGGGCAAUGCGGGAGCUUGCCAGCUCAGGGUGGAUUUUGUAUGGCGAAGAUCACUGCGCUGACUUGAAACUGGACGGAGCUGCCUUGUAUGAUGGCAGAUGGGGAACCACGAAAUCGGCGGCUGCUUUUGCGGAGUCGCCGAUUGGAAUGUUCUUUAACUUUUUGCCCAAGUGUCUCUGGAAGAAAAUUGCAUUGGGGUCCGAAGUCUAUCGGCGAAGAUGCAUACCUGCGAUUGCCCAGCAGACUCGUGAACGCCAGCUAGCAGCUCAAGCAAAGGAUCCUAAGAAAUCUGUGAGAGAAUUAGAAGACAUCAUCGACAAACUUGAAAGACAGAAGCCCAUUCGAGAGCACGAGAUUUUGCAUGUAGCAGGCCUAUUGGUGGCCCGUACACUGUGCGGACACACGGACGGCUUGUCGAAGCAUUGGGCUGUCAGUGAAGAUGGAGCUGUUCCUCGGGAUACCUUUGGACGCGGAGAUACAACCGCUGACAAGGCGUACCAGAUCCGACCCAUUUUGCAGGUAAUCGAGAAAACGUUUCGUUGUGGAUACCGUCUCGGACCUCGCAAGCCGCACAAGUACGGCACGAAAUGCUACAUGACGUGUCGCGCCGUUAGCGGAUACUGCGCAAGAGUUGAAGUUUAUCUUGGCGCUGAACCUAACAAGAAGAAGAGCGAGGGUGCUUCUCAAAGGGCAGUCAUUCGCAAUAUCACCAAGACGUUUGAUGCCUUACCCAAGCAGCGGCUAAUCAUAACCGACAACUUCUAUAGUUCGCCAGCGCUGCCCCUCUCGCUGCUGCCGUUAGGGUUCUAUUACGUUGGAACACAACGAAGUGACCGACUGGGGUGGCCAAAACAGCUCAUGUUCAAGCAGAAAAAGAGACCACACUACAUGCCUCGAGGAACGUAA